GUAUCCCAGUUGAGUCCAGAGUGAACAUCUUCAUUAACAGCUUUGGGUCUAUCCAGGAGACGACUAUGGACUACAGAGUAAAUAUAUUUCUUCGACAAAGAUGGAAUGACCCUCGUCUACAGCUUCCUACAGAUUAUAAGAGUGAAGCACUAACUGUUGAUCCCAAAAUGUUCCAGUGUUUAUGGAAACCAGAUCUUUUCUUUGCAAAUGAAAAAAAUGCAAACUUUCAUGAUGUCACACAAGACAAUAUACUGCUCUUCAUCUUCAGGAAUGGAGACGUCCUGAUCAGCAUGAGGCUGUCGGUGACACUGUCUUGUCCCUUGGAUCUUACGCUUUUCCCAAUGGACACACAGCUAUGCAAGAUGCAGCUGGAGAGUU